GUACAUUCUGGCCCAGCGGCGGACUGAGUUGGCUGUUUCCUCCCGAGCCGCCCAGGGGAAGUCCGGAGCCGCGCAGCGGGCAGCAGGCGGGAAUGCCAAGCUUCGGUCGGAAGGGGGUCUGGAGCUGGAGAGGCUAAAACACGCGACCCCCCACUUGCCGCCUCUCUAAAACGUCCGCUCUGCUGGCCAUGGGCAGCCGCGAUCACCUGUUCAAAGUGCUGGUGGUGGGGGACGCCGCGGUGGGCAAGACGUCCCUGGUGCAGCGGUAUUCGCAGGACACCUUCAGCAAACACUACAAGACCACGGUAGGAGUGGACUUUGCUCUGAAGGUUCUCCAGUGGUCCGACUCUGAGAUGGUGCGGCUGCAGCUGUGGGAUAUUGCAGGACAGGAGCGCUUCACUUCUAUGACGCGACUAUACUACCGGGACGCUGCUGCAUGUGUCAUCAUGUUUGAUGUCACCAACGCCACAACCUUCAGCAACAGCCAGAAGUGGAAGCAGGACCUGGACAGCAAGCUCACACUGCCCAACGGGGAGCCUGUGCCCUGUCUGCUCUUGGCCAACAAGUGCGAUCUGUCCCCGUGGGCGGUGAGCAGAGACCAAGUUGACCGGUUCAGUAAAGAAAAUGGCUUCACAGGUUGGACAGAAAUAUCAGUAAAGGAAAACAAAAAUGUAAACGAGGCCAUGAGAGUCCUCAUUGAAAAGAUGAUGAGCAAUUCCAAAGAAGAUAGCAUGUCUGUGUCCACCCAAGGGGACUACAUCAAUCUACAAGCCAAGACUUCCUCCAUCUGGGCCUGCUGCUAGUAAUGGUGCCUUGUUUACCCUACCGUUUCUAGGGGUCUUCCCAUCUCAUCCCUUUGGUUGUCUCCCCCAGAAGUCUCUUUCAGUAAGGACGACUAGCAUCACGUCGGAAAGACGCCUGUGUCCUCUGGAAGUGGGUCCUCACUUGCCACCAGCACACCGGCCCUUCCUGUGCCUUCUGAGUGAGCCAGAGUGUCUCCUCCCUCCAUCAGUGGUCAGAAAUCUUGUGAGAGGAUUAGAAAUCGGCUUCUGUGUUCU